AGACUUAUUCCAUACCAACCAACCAUUCAACACAAAACUUUGUGUUUUUGUUUUUGGAAAACAAGUUUAAGUUGAAAAUGUCCAAGCCAGUCUUAGUAGGACUAGCCCUUGGGCUCAUCUUCAUGAGCAGCUUCACAGGCCAGUGCUAUGGUCAACUGGAAGUAGGAUUCUACAAGGGAAAAUGUGGUGGCAAAGACGUGGAAGCCAUCGUCGGCAGUGUCAUUGCCACCAAGAUCAAGGACGACCCCAAGAUCGUGGCGGCCCUCCUCCGCUUGCAAUUUCAUGAUUGCUUCGUUAGAGGAUGUGAUGCAUCAAUCCUACUGGAUGGUAGUAACAGUGAGAAAACUGCACCCAUAAAUCUACAUUUGAGGGGUUUUGACAUUAUUGAUGCUGCAAAGGCUGCUGUGGAGGCAGUGUGCCCUGGAGUAGUCUCUUGUGCUGAUAUCAUUGUCAUGGCUACCAGAGACUCAGUGGCUAAGGUGAGCACUCUAUACCUUCAUUUGCUUCACUGCAAAGAACUAUACUAUUAUAUAUAUACCUCCACUUGACUAGAUAAAAAUAUUUUUUGAGUAAUGACAUGAAUAGAAUUAUAGAUUAUAGUAGUUCCAUUACAUGAAUAGACAAACACAAACAAUGCAAAAAUUAUAGUUAACAAUGAUGGUAGUAGUCAGUGGCGGAGCCAAGAAUUCAGUGAAGAGGGCACAUAUUAAUGACAAUAUUGAUUUUAUUUUUUCCUCGUAAUAAACAAUAAUGAGAUAUUAUUAAAUGUAACUAUUAAGAGUUUAUUUGGAUAAAUGUGAAUUUUAAAUUAAAGGAUUUGAGAUUAAAUUUUAUACAAAUAUUGUGGAGUAA